AUGAAUCGUCGUCUCGACGAGGUCGAUUCGAAAGGUCCAUCGCGCCACCAGCUCAGCUCCGGAAUUGACGAAAGCACUCGCCGAUACCCGAAGAAGCCCGCUCACCCGCAGGCUCCGCCAGAUCGAUCUGCACGAAAGAGUUCGACUCAAAAUCGACUCUUACACCGGCGAAGAAGACCCCAAGAAGUGGCUAACCGCGUUCAACCUCGCCAUGAGAGGGAGAAAUACAAAUCUACGACGAGAAGGGAGGCCAACUACUGUCAAGUAUUCGUCGAGCACAUGGCGAAAGAUGCCUUGACCUGGUUCUCUAACCUCCCCGCCGAGUCGAUCGAUAACUUCGACGACCUAACCAAUGCUUUUCCUAAAGCAUUACUCCAUGCACAUGACCCGAAUCACUCGGAACAUGUUCACCACAACGCAAACCCAAGGACGCGUUCCACCGCUCCCGGAACUACAUCUUCCUCGAGGAAGACCAAACGCUUCUAUGCCGAGAAGCAUGGAGAUAGGAGGACAACCUCGUCGAAACCCAGAGAGGAACCGUGGAGGUACGAAGAAGACACGAUCCGAAGAGGUCUCUCCUCGCAGCGUUCGCAGCAGCCGACGACGAGUCCGAGCAAGAGCACGCAGCAGCGUUUCGAUGCCACAGGACAUCAACUCCGCUCGGAGAUGACAACGACACCAAAGCUUUCUGCAAAUUCCACGGGAGAACUGGCCACGCCACUGAAAACUGCAAACCUAUCAGCAACCUUAUGCGCAUGUACCAUCGAGGAGAAAUCCCGCCAAUGGACGGCGAUAGGUCCCAAGGAAAAAGCUUCCCGCCGAGACCACCAAAAUCUGGACAGCAGGAGAAGCGCGGACGACAACCCCGCUCCGAAGAAGGAUAGGAAAAGGCGAAGCCCCGCCUGA